GAUUGCACUGCAAAGUCAUGCUUCUGAUCACGUGAUGAAAGCGCGCGACGAAUGAAUGAAGUUGACAUUUAAUGAUGCAAAAUAUUGAAAUAGCAACAUUAGUAAAAAAAAUUUCCAUACACACCACAUGCGACAUGAAGCUCACAAGCUGCUGAUGGAGGGUUGCUGCAUGCUGGGACGUUGAUUUCAUCAUCACUGGUUUGUUUGAAAGUUCUGAAGGAUGAUUGGAGGAGCGUUAGGUGGCCUGGCAAGUUGGUCACGGUUGACUGGAUCAGCAGACGAUGACUGGAUAGAUAGAAUCAACCAUAUAUGGAGUGUCGUCCUCCUGACAGUUUUUACUAUUAUUGUCAGUUCAGCACAGUAUGUCGGUGAUCCGAUCCAUUGUUGGAUGCCCGGGGAGUUCUCAUUUGCCCGUAUAGCUUACGCCAAAUCUACCUGCUGGAUUUCAAAUACUUAUUACAUUCCGAUGGACGAUACCAUUCCAGAACAUAUUGAAAUGAGACAGAAUAAAGAGAUUACGUAUUAUCAAUGGAUACCCAUAAUCCUCAUGUUCAUGGCCUUCCUAUUUAAAGUACCCAAUAUCGCAUGGCGUCUGCUAAACGGAUAUUCGGGCAUUGAUAUGAAUAAGAUUGUCAGUAUGUCAAAUGCUUCCUUGAUGUCUUCUCCUGAUGAUCGGACUAAAAAUAUUUCUCAAAUUGCAAAAUACCUUCACCGAUGGAUUGAAUGCCAACAAGAUUACCAUAGCAACAUUUUAGUUCGUAUUCGACAUAGAUUUUCUAAUAUCUUUUGUUUCUGUUAUGGUAAGCGUGACGGAACAUUUUUAACUGGGUACUACCUUUUCAUUAAAAUGCUGUAUUGUGCCAAUGUGGUUGGGCAAUUCUUUCUUCUCAAUGCCUUCAUGGCUAUGGAUUACAAUGUUUUCGGCUUUGAAGUUUUAGAUUAUUUGUUAAGUAAUGGGGAAUGGAAAGAGUCUCCAAGAUUUCCUCGAGUAACUUUAUGUGACUUCCAGAUUCGACAGUUAAACAAUGUUCAAAGGUACACAAUCCAAUGUGUUCUGCCAAUAAAUCUUUUCAACGAGAAGAUCUUCAUUUUUAUAUGGUUUUGGUUGUUUUUGGUGUCCGUUUUGACAUUCAUCAACUAUUUUUCGUGGGUGUUCUAUUGUACCUUUAAAGAAAAAAAGUUACAGUACGUUAAAAAAUAUUUGAAAAUGGAACAUGAAAUUAGAACUGGUAUGGACAAAAAACUAGCUAGGAAAUUCGUGGAGACCUAUUUACGUGAUGAUGGUGUUUUCAUUUUACGAGUCAUCGGGAAGAAUUCUUCUGACAUGGUUCUGACAGAUCUUGUGGUAAAUUUAUGGAAAAUAUUCAAAGAUACAUACGUGCCUAACAAGAAAAGCAACAGGUCACCAGGAAGCGAUGAUACAGAUUAUUUCCGGUUGAAUGGUGGUGACACAACUAAAGAGAAUUAUGUCUAAAGAUACAUUGUAUCAUUACAAAUGUAUAUCAUGUAUAUAUGUUCGUUCAUUAUCAAAAUAUGUCUGUUAGAUUUAAAUGAUAAUUUAAAAAAAUAUUUGCUUGGUUUUUUCUCCAAAAAUAAACUUAUGGUGAUAACUAAAAAACAUCUCUUAAUCUGUACAUGCAUGACAUGUAUAACAAUGUUUUACAUUU